GUCUCGGAUUUGUCCAACACACUCCUUCUGCGCAGACACGCGCUUGUCUGUCCUCAUCCUCCUACUCUCUCAAGACGUACAGCUCUCCCCUUUUGUCACGGCCAUCUUUCUCCCUCAGAACCGCCGCCAUGGCGGGCAGACAGUCAGUGCGAGUGCUCGCACGGCAGCUCAAGUCCUCGUGCUCACAUUCGCAACCUCAAACCCACCGGACAUUCUCCUCUACAUCCUCCUACCUCGCCGCGCAUAAUUUCACGAUGCCCGCCAUGUCCCCGACCAUGACCGAGGGCAACAUCUCCAGUUGGAAGGUCAAAGAAGGGGACUCGUACUCGACAGGUGACGUUCUGCUCGAAAUCGAGACGGACAAAGCUACAAUGGACGUUGAAGCACAAGAUGAUGGCGUGAUGGCCAAGAUAUUUGCGCCAGAAGGUUCCAAGGCAGUCAAAGUCGGCACGCGGAUAGCUGUCCUUGCUGACGCUGGUGACGACGUCUCCAGCCUUGAAAUCCCUGCGGACGAUUCCAAACCCGCAGAGUCGCCGGCAGACAACGUGCAAGGCGGAAAAGAGGACGGGAACAAAUACGAGUCCUCGGGCAUCGAAAAAGAAAUCCCAGGCACACCGCAGCACAAGCGUCCGGCCAAGGACAAACCGAAGACGAGUCCCACCGGUCCAGGGCAGAACCCCAAAUACCCUCUCUACCCGUCCGUUAUUGCACUCAUUCACGAGAACCACAUCUCCGACGACGACGUGCUCAAAAUCAGUGCCAGCGGUCCCAACGGUCGUCUUCUCAAAGGCGACGUGCUCGCGUACCUAGGCACGAUUGAACCCGACUAUGCGUCCAAACAAUCCGAACGAAUUGAGCACCUUGCCCAUCUCGACCUGAGCAAUAUCAAACUCGGCCCAACACCAACAAAACCCGCCGGCACGCCGCCAACGACGGAAGCUGCGCCGUCCGUGCCCGAGAAGCCGAAACUCAGCAGUAUCAGCAUCACCAUCUCACUCGCCGAGGUUCUCAAGGUGCAGAAGCGCAUCAAGGACACUCUGGGCGUGUCCGUGCCUUUGUCCACGUUCCUCGCGCGAGCCGUCGACCUGGCCAACGACGACCUGCCGAACCCCAAGGGCACAAAGCCUUCUGCGAACGACCUGUUCAACGCUGUGCUAGGUCUGGAUACGAUACCGACAACAUCACGAGGCACAUAUCUCCCUCAGAUCGACGCGUUCUCUUUGCAAUCCACACGAUCCUCGCCGGCACGUAAACCCACGCCGGUCAAGAAACCCGACAUCAUCGACAUCCUGUCCGGCAAGGCUGUGCCGAAGCGCGCGGCGCCGCGCUCGUCAUCGUCCUCACUGGCGGCAUCAACUGGCCGCAGUAUAUCAACCGCCGAAGGUGCAUUGAACACCUUCAGCGUGACGGUGCCGGCAGGCGAAGAGAAGCGCGCAAAGACCUUCCUCGAGCGAGUCAAGACUGUCUUGCAGGUCGAACCGGGCAAGUUGAUUCUCUGAAAUGUUCGUGUCCCACGGUUUGGUUUGCUUGCGCCAGAGUCAGGAUCACCGCAAGGGACACGGCCAGGGACGUUUCCCUGUGACUAGCCUUCCUGAUUGGAAAAGAGCUGGUUUGCGCGCAGGGAGAUGCGUCCGUCUCGUCUCAACGUGCACGCCGUGUAUAGAAGGGGCUUUGAGCGAGCAUGGGGUUAUGUAGCAGCGUCCCUUAAGAGCUUGCACGUAGGCGCAUACAAAGCACGGUUUCAUCCACCACCUCAGGAUCUGGUGAUAAAUGUCUUGUCCCUGGACUGAUCUUGAGUUUUGAUGUGUUG